AUGUCAAGAGGCGGAGGAAGAGGUGGUAAGAGAAGAGAUGGCAAUUCAUUGACGUUUUCGUUGGAAUCGAUUGGUUUGAGUCGAGGAGAGAGUCUUCCGCCGCCGACUCUCACACCGCCUCUCAAUUACCCGUCGAUUGACGCCAAACCCCUACCCCUCGACCCCCACAACGAGAUCGACAACUAUUUGCUGACAUUGAAGCAGGAGUUGAGACAAUCGUUGAUGACAUCCAAGUAUUACAUCAACGCAUCCAAAGAGAAGCCACAGAUCGAGAGGUAUUCAGACAAAUACGAGAACAUCGCUAACGACUCGUCGCUCAACGAUAAUGACAUCCAAAUCGAUUGGAGAAUAUUUCCCACAGAAUUGUGUCCAAAGAAAUCAAAGAUCAAGAAAAAGGCCGAAAAGAAAGUGAAUAAAGAUUUGGACAAAACGUUAGACAAAUUAGUAGAAGAAGAGAAGGACGACAAAAGUGAUGAUCAGAAAAGCGAUGAAGAGGUGGACAACGCUUCCGACGCCGAGAAAGUGGAAGAAGUGGAGGACAUCGAAGAGGGAACUGAUUAUACCUUCUCCUACUUCGACAACGGAGAGGACUAUUUGGAUGAAUCGGAUGACAACUUGGAUGAGGGGCCGACGUAUUGA